CAAGAAGGAGGAAGCCAGAGACAUGGGGACCCCCGAGCAAUUGAGCAGCAGCAAGACGCAGCAGGGAGUUGCUAGCAGCGGUUUAGUCGUUGGCCACCCUACGCCAGAGACGGGGCUGGGAGGAAGGGGAUGUCGGAGCAACCAGAGAUAGGCCGAGAAGAGAGGCUGCGCUGCCUACCGCGCACACCGACUCCGCAGCCGCCGCCCGAGCUGCAGCUACUGCCCGGGGCGCUGCCGCUGCCGCCGCGUCCUCCACUCCUGCACUCCCCACCUCCCGCCGGCCCCGCCGGCUCUCCGCCCGGCCGGCGCGCGCGCUCGCUCCCGCGCCCAAGACGGGGGCGCACCAGCAGCCUCCCGGAACCCGCUGGGGGCGCCCAGGCGCAAGAACCCCGCGCCCCGGACACGUCUCAGCCGGGCGUCCAGCCCACUCCCCAGCCCCUCCAGGGAGGCCCCCAACCCCGGGGCGCAGAUCCGAGCAGGGCAGGCGUGUCUCCACCGACCGGCGCGCUCGGUGCCUCCUCCCUUCCCCGGGGGAACCCUCCCCUAACAGGGGAUGCCGCACCACUGCUGCUCACGCCGGGUGCCCCAACCCUAUGAGAAAGCAGAAAAUGGAGCGCAAGGGCGCCU